GAAGCCACACGUGGGAAAGGGAUUGGGUCCAACCCGAUGAUCGUGUCUCUAUUCUAGCACGUAUCAUAGCGCUUGGCACAAAGUAAGAGCUUAACGGAUACCACAGUCAAUACUGGAAGGGUCAGCUGACACGAGAGGGUCGCUACACAAAGACCCGUUCUUUAUUCUGUUACAAAAAUAAAUGAUUUAAAACCACAUCAAAAGAAAAUCUUUCCAUUAAAAACAACCUGAAGAAGCACAAUCCUCUCCCUUUCCUCCCUCAUCACUUUUUCCAAGAUUUCACAUCCAUUUUCUUACUAUCUUCUGAAAACUCCCUCAUUUAGAAUCCCACAUGGCAAGCGAAUGCCCACUCCGACCCUCUCCUGAGCGUUUCGGUCUUUCGUUCAACUAUCAACCGAUUUGGUUUCUGCACCAGUUUCCCAAAAUCCUUACUCAGGCUCAUUUUCUCUAAAUCACGACUCACAAGUUGAGUAAUUUUUCAUCAGAUUAAUCAUUUUUAUUAAGCCCAGAAAGAAUCCUAACAGCAAAUUAUCUAAAUAUCACGUGCUUCCAAGAAAAAGCGAGAAUCAUUCCAGAAGCUAAUAAUACUGAAACUAAAAAUAUUUUCAACCCCCCAAAAUUCAAAUUUUUCGUGACCUAAAUAAGCCUGUCUUCCCCCCACCCCCCCUUAUUUUUUUUUACCUUUUUAAGAUGAAAGAAUGAGUUGUGGUGAGUAUGCCACACAUGCCUGGGUCUAUUUGAGAUUCGCUGAAAUUAUUUCACUUCAGGAUUCCCUUUGAGUCAGAGGGUCCGAGGUCAAAAUAUCAUGUAGAUGGCAUCUAUACCUUUCAGUGCAUUUGACAAGACACAGCCUUAAAUUCUACUCUUGCGCCAAGUGUGAUAUUUAGAAGAUUUCUGAAGAUUUCUGAAGACGGUAUCCGACGACAGCAUUAUUAGUCGAUCCCUCUCCGCUAUUUCAGCUUCUCGUCAGGGGAUCCAGAGAUAGCAUCGCUGACCAGUCUAUACAUUUUCCUCUACCGUUCGCUUACUUAAUUAAGGUUAAUUGCCAAAAUGAAUAUGGGACAAGUGAAUUUGAGCAUCUUUGAAGAGUAUUCAGAUUAUACGGAAGCCACGAGCACUCUGGAUUACGAGGAUGCCUUACCGUGUUCGAUGCAGGAAGUGCGAAAUUUCACAAAGACAUUCCUCCCCGUCGCGUACUCUCUGAUAAGUAUCUUUGGCCUAGUAGGUAACGUCUUGGUAGUCGUAACCUUCGCUUUCUACAAGAAAGGGAAAUCCAUGACCGACGUGUACCUCCUCAACAUGGCCAUCACCGACAUAUUGUUUGUCCUCACUCUGCCCUUCUGGGCCGUGAAUCACGCCACGGAAUCGUGGAUCUUCGACAACUUCAUCUGCAAAUUGACUUCGGGCAUCUACGCCAUCAACUUUAACUGUGGUAUGCUCUUCCUGGCCUGCAUUAGCAUGGACAGGUACAUCGCUAUCGUGCAGGCCACCAAGUCCUUCAGACUGCGAGCCAAAUCAUUCAAGUUCAGGAUGAGAACUUUGGCCUACAGUAAAGUCAUCUGUUCGGUGGUCUGGAUGUUUUCCAUCUUAAUCUCCAGUGCCACUUUCAUAGUCAGCCAAAAGUACCAAAUGCAAGGAAAAUACAUCUGUGAACCAAAAUACCAGGUAGUCUCGGAGGCCAUCACCUGGAAACUGCUCAUUUUAGGCCUGCAGCUUCUGUUCGGCUUCUUUAUUCCACUGCUGUUCAUGAUCUUCUGCUACACGUUCAUCGUCAAAGCCUUAGUCAAAGCCCAGAAUUCAAAGAGACGUAAGGUGAUCCGGGUGAUCAUUGUGGUGGUGGUCAUCUUCUUAAUUUUCCAAGUGCCCUAUAAUAUGGUUCUCCUCAUCAAUGCCAUCAAUUUGGGCAAGUUGAACAGGACUUGCAAGAGCGAACAGCAAAGAGCCUACGCGAGGAAUAUCACUCAAGUUCUGGCUUUUCUGCACAGUUGCCUCAACCCUGUUCUGUACGCCUUCAUCGGGCAGAAUUUUCGCAACUACUUUAUGAAGAUCAUGAAGGAUCUGUGGUGUGUGGACAGGAAGCACAAACCGGGGACCCCCUCCUGUCCCCGAAAAUACUCAGAUACCUGUAUUUCUAGACAGACGAGCGAAAUCGCCGAGAGCGAUAACCCGUCAUCUUUUACUAUGUGACGCCUCGUGGAGGGGGAUAACUGGCAUCGUUCAGAAACACCCUCAUCAGGCUAUACGCCCAUUUUGCUCUUGGAGAUGGAAUCAGCUGCUGUGAUGUAGGGGUCGGGAAGACCUAUCAUAGCUUUACUCCUGAGUAUUUGUGACAAUGGGAGAUAAGACAGAAUCGGUUCCACCCUCAGAUAAACUUCCAGCUUCAUUUUAACUGACAGUUUCACCCUUCUCCCCAUCAGACAUUUCACCGGAGCUAGCCAGGAAUCAAAAAAACUGGGAAAAAAAAAAAGUUCUCGGGCAACCGAGAAUGUCUAUCUGCAUUGGUUGAAGAACUGCCACGGAGGAAUAAGUUGCAAAUAGAAAUAGAUGGUUGCCCCCAAAAAUGUAGAAUGGUCCAUUUUCCGCCCCCUGCUACGUCGAAUACUUCUCCGGGGCCAUUUACAAUCAGCUUCUGUUUCUUGUGAAUUAUAAAUGAAAGAAAUAGAAAAUCUAUUUGGCUGGUACUGAAUAUUUUACGAGCGCCAAAACUUGCCAUGAAUAUGGAGGCAUCAGAAUUGCUUGGUGGACUCUUCCCUCUCGAUAGCUUUAGCCUGAGUCAAAGAUUAGAUCAAUAUUUGAGUUUGACGAACUAUUUCUCUGCUGUUUAGGCGAUUUAAAAUUGCAUGUAAAUGUAGGUGCACAAUCAAGGAAAUAAGUGUCAUGAGAAGAGGUUUUCAUUAAGUGUAUACUUUAUUAUUCUUUUCUUGUCUUCACAUGUGCAUGAAAACAAUAAAGUAUAAUAGCAUUUUAA